AUGGGCUUGCCUGUUGUCCAUGGAUACUACAGAUUCACAGACGUCUUCUUCGAAUGGGCGAAAGCGAUCCCUGAUGAAGAGGACAGAGGGCCCCUUAGGGCCAUUAUCUCGCCCGCUGCGCUAGUUGAUCCUGCACACCCGCUGCGCAAGCCAGGCGUGGACGGCAUCGAGCUGUACAUUGCAACCUUUCCCAGUGGAGAGUCACGUCCAGUGUUUUCUUCCGCCCAGCUGGAGUUCGUGCAACAGUGGCUCUUCGCAAUGGGCCUUACUAAAGAGCCCAUCCCGCUGCCGGGCUCAGACUGGCUUAUCCUCCGUGAGGACAUGGCGAGCCUCUCGCCAGAGAUUUUCAACCGCGCCGAUCAGCUCAAGAAGACGACCAAGAUGAUCGAGAAGAAUAACAAACGACUCAAGGGCGCCGGCAAUCCACUGCUCACCGCCCGCCGACUCAAGUUCGAACGUGUCCGUGAGCUGUGGGCAGAGAAAGCCGGCGCGUGGCUCGCCAUUGACAUCGAGGCUUGGGAGCGCGACCACACCGUGUUGACCGAGUUCGGUUGGAGCCGCAUUCGCUGGACGGACGGCGAGAUGGUGGAGGAUAAAGCACACUGGAUAGUAGACGAGUACAAGAACUAUCGUAACGGUACCUACGUUCCGGACCGGCGCAUGAAUUACGACUAUGGCGAGAGCGAGUUCGUUCCCAAGAGACAACUGAAGGAGCGUGUGGCGAAUUUGAUCAACGAGAGUGCGCCGGCAGGCCCUCUGUUCCUCAUCUUCCACGACGCAAGCCAAGACAUCAAAUAUCUCCAGUCAUCUGCUAUCCAGGCACCGCUGACGAACCUCUCGUCCGUCCUCCCAGAUGCGACACCCAAAGACGGCAUGUUCUCUAUCGACUCCGCCGAGCUCAUCUCUGCGCUCGAAGGUGAAACAAACAGAAACAAGCGCUCCUUGGAGCGUACAUGCCAGCUCUUGGGUGUUGCGAACGAAGAGCCUCAGUACAACCGUGAGAACCUGCACAACGCAGGCAACGAUGCCCACGCAACGAUGCUCUGCCUCAAGUCAAUGGCAAUGGGCGAGUCGAUCGACACGCAGCGUGAGAAGCGGUGGCCCGGCCAGACGUCGGCAACCGAGCCCAAGACCAUAUUCACGCCAUACGAGGACGAGUCGGACGAAUCUGAGGAAGACCCGGAGGCUAUUAUGCGCGAAGCCGGGGGCUACAACGGCGAGGACUACUCCUGA